UUUUUAAACAAAUCUGUAUUUGAAUUCCACAAAAUGACACCUAUCCUAUUUUCCUUUACAGUAAUGUAGCUUUCUAAUAGAGAAAGAAAAAAAACUUCAGUUACAAAAAAACAAACCAAAAAAAACAUCUUAUAUUCUUUUUAGAUAACAAAAUACAUAUCAUGAGGUUAUUACAGGUCAGCCAGCACUAUUGGAAUCAUCUUGUCUGUAUCUCAAUAAUUGAUAUCACAAUCACAGAGUAGUAUACUGUAUAUUGUUUCAUUAAUAUUUAUUAUUAUUAACAUUGUUAUAGAAUACAAAUUCAUUUGAAAUAUAAAAAUAUUUAUUAAAGUGAUUGACAAGAAUGUAAUUUAUUUAUUUUAUUAAAUAUUGAGGCACCUAACUACUUGUUCUUUGGUGUCAUCUGGAGAUAUAACUUUAUGACCAAUUGUCCGUGGGUCAUUGUAGAUCUCAUAGUCAUUACCACCAGCCAUUGUUUUAUCUCCAAAAAAGUGUAUUUGUUCAAAGUGCUGGUCUGCUACAUGAUUAAGGCAGUAAGUCUUGUCCCAGCCCGUAGGGAACACAUCCACACUGAUUUGGCCACCGAGUGCAAAUGUCAAACCUGAACCUUCAAAUUCAGUCUUCAAUGCAUCAACAAAUUUUUGUCUAAUGGAGUGAAUGGUAUCAUACUUAACAAACUCUUCUCGCUCAGACUGGCUGCAAGACCGUCCCACUGGGCAAAUGUUAAUCAUGCUUGAUCUGAAUUCAACAAAGUUACCACGCUUAGCUGGUAACUCAAUCUUUGACAUAUAUCCAAGUGAGAAAUUGAUGACUCUUUGCAACAACUUCUCUCCUAGGUGGCUCAGGAUACUUUCAGAACUGAUCAGCUUACCAUUGCGGUACUGAACCACACCGUUCUCACAAAAAACAUAGUCAAACUUAGCUGCCACUUCCGCCCCGUCCAUUUGUUCAGCUAUUUUAACAUAAUCAGAUCCACUGACGAGUCCCACACUCACUUUAGAUUUCACCUUAUCUAACAAGAAGUCCUUCAGUUCUUCUGUUAUAACUUGCCGCGGUUUAGUCAGGGUGCCAUCCACAUCGAAAAGAUACAAAACAGACUGCCGGCUAGACAUGAUCGUGAAAAUGUAUUUUCUUAUUAGACGAUUACAAUAAAUUUAAAUUUUGGAGGCAAUCGGAGAAUUUUAAAGCCGGUCUUUAUGUAGGACACUACGUCGCCAACCACACGCACUGCUUUACGCCGAAUAGCUCUACCACCGAAGCAAUAACUAGUUUACUCUGUGAGUGUGCACCGUAGUACCGUACCGCUGACCGCCAACACUUCACUGGACACGUCAAAUAUCUGCCAGUUAUCAGCUGACAACCGUAAGGUUGGCGGGCGGUAAACAUGGCGUAUAAAACGAGUACUGUUUACAACCUGAUAAUUUGUUUCUUUAUCACUGAUACCGUAUUAUCUGAUAAAGCAGCUACAUCAGGAAAUGUUCUUAUACUCUUGGCGGAUGAUGGAGGGUUCGAGCUCGGCGCGUACAUGAACAAGAUAUGCCAAACUCCGAACAUCGAUGCUCUUGCAAAGCGGGGUGUGGUCUUUAACAAUGCCUUCACUUCAGUCAGCAGCUGCUCUCCAAGCCGCGCCGCCCUGCUGACGGGCACGCCGAGCCACCAGAACGGCAUGUACGGGCUGCACCGCACCGUGCACCACUUCAGCUCCUUCGACACCGUCACCAGCCUGCCGAACCUGCUGAGCGCGCACAAUGUCACCACCGGUAUCAUCGGUAAGAAGGACGUCGGCCCAGCUGCACAGUAUAAGUUUGAUUACGAGCAGACAGAGGAGAACAACCACGUGAACCAGGUCGGCCGGAACAUCACACACAUUAAGCUGCUCACCAGGGAGUUCCUCGCUAAAGCUAACCGCGACCAAAAGCCGUUUCUACUUUACAUAAGUUUCCACGACCCGCACCGGUGCGGUCACACGGACCCGCAGUUUGGUCCGUUCUGUGAACGAUUCGGUUCCGGCGAAGAGGGCAUGGGCCUUAUACCGGACUGGCAUCCUAUUUACUACCAAUGGGAGCAAGUGCAACUGCCGUACUUCAUACAGGACACGGAAGCAGCUCGGAGAGACAUCGCGGCACAGUACACAACUAUAUCGCGGCUGGAUCAAGGUGUAGGGCUGGUGCUCCAGGAAUUACAAAGCGCGGGCCACGCAGAAGACACUCUCGUUAUAUACUCGUCGGACAACGGCAUCCCGUUCCCGUCCGGCCGCACUAACAUGUACGACCCGGGGCUCCGCGAGCCGUUGAUCAUUUCCUCGCCGCGCCCGCGAUCCAGGAAGAAUGAAGCAUCUUUUGCGAUGGUCAGCCUGCUGGACGUCAUGCCUACAGUGCUGGACUGGUUCGGCAUCCCGUUCCCGCAAGAGACCAAUGAUAUAUCACAGACCGACACUGCUAAGAGCUUGCUUCCCAUUUUAGAAAAAGAGCCCCCGUACUCCGAGGACGACGCCGUGUUCGCGUCGCAGACCCAUCACGAGGUCACCAUGUACUAUCCCAUGAGAGCAGUGCGCACGCGGCGGUACAAACUUAUACACAACCUUAACUUUGGAAUGCCUUUUCCGAUAGACCAGGAUCUUUACGUUUCACCUACUUUCCAGGACCUGUUGAACCGCACGGCGAGUAAGCAGCCCCUGCCGUGGUACAAGACCCUCGAGCAGUACUAUUAUCGCCCGCAGUGGGAGCUCUACGACAUCCGCGCUGAUCCCGCGGAGACCAGAAACUUGCACGGCAAGCCGGCGCUGGCGCGCGUGGAGGCGGGGCUGCGCGCGCGCUUGCUGCGCUGGCAGCGCGCGUCGGCCGACCCCUGGCAGUGCGCGCCCGACGCCGUGCUGGAGCGCGGGCCCGGCGCCGCGCCCGUCUGCCGCCCGCUGCUGCAUCGCUAGCCCACUCUGCUCCUACACGCGCCUUUAUAGUUCUAGUACUUAGGUCGCACGUUUAACUAAAAUAUAUUAUUUGACUUCUACAGACUUAUAAGGCAGCAGCAGACGAAACAACAAUAGAAAUCCUACUUGAAUUUUAUAAUAUAACUAACAGGCCCAGCCACGCGUUGCUGUGGCCGAGGCAAAAUAAUAAAGUGGCUAUAAAUUGAGAUGUAAGCUAUCCUAUCUUUCAAGUUGGAUCAAAAUGCACACGGAAUGCACAUCAAAUUUAAAAUCGGUUUAGUACUUUAGGAGUCCAUCGCGGACAAACACGUGACACGAAUUUUUUAUAUUUAGGUACUGGUCUCACAUAAAAUAGCACCGACAAAAUUAUGUCACAAAAACAAAUUGCGAAAUUAAUAGAAAAAUAGUACCUAAUAAUAGGGUUUAUUAUUCUAAUGUUUGUAUUUACGGAAAUAAUCGCUCCAAAAAUUUUUAAACAUGCGUCCCCUGCCCCGUGCAGUUUUCGAAACAUAAGUUUAGAAAAUAGAUAUAGGAAGUCUCGGAAGUAAAAUUUAUAAAUACUUUCUAGGAAAAUUAUUUUGAACUGGUACUAGCUUCCGCCCGCGUGGUAUGUUGAUAAUAAGUAAAGUGUAUCCUGUGCGUGUGCCAAAUUUCAAGUUAUACGUCUGUGAUUAUUUUAUGUUUGUUAUUUCCACAGUCCAUUACAAAUGCUUCACUCACACGCUUAUAAAAUUAUCAUCACAAUCUUAUUUAUUUAUAUGUAUAGAAUAGAAUUUUGUACUUUUUUUAGAAAGAUGAAAAUAUUGUAAAUUGUGGUAGGCAGCUACUGCUUACUGCACCGCGUCUGAUGUUACCUCUCGCACAUUCUAAAGCUGUCUUUGCUUGCAACAACCGCCGGAAUGAUCUCGACAUUGCAAAUAAAACUACGUCAUAUAAAUGAAUGUGUUUAUUUCUCUAUUCAAAUAAAUAGACUAACAGGAAUACAUUCAAUUCAGGUUACCACAUAUAGUCUCUAGUUUUCGUUUUUACUUACAUAAACUGAAGAUUAUGUAUUAUAUAUUACUAAUUAUAGGGGAUUUAAACUCUUAUUGCAACAUAGGUAAAUAGGACAACGGACUUGUACUAGUACUCCUUUGGAAUUGCGAGUGGCCAUGGGCGGCGCUGAUUGCUUACCACUUGGUAAUGUCUCUACUCGGUUGCCGACCAUUGACAUAAAAAACUUAUACCUUCUAUAUUCGCCAUAGCGCAUUACUGUAAACUGAACUUGGCAAAUAUGCAUAGAUUGCAUGGGUGAUUACUUAGAUUAAUUACAAAUAAAAAAUACAUACAUGAAAAACAAGUUAAUUUUUUCAUACAAAACUGCAAUUUCAUACUUAAAGAUUAUUACUUAUUUAUUGAACAUAAUGUCACUUUAUAUUUAUAUUCCUCUUAAUUAGUUUUCACAAUUUUUUCAUCUACUUUAUAUUUAUUAACUUCAUUAUAUAGGAAUAAAAAUUUUUCAGAUGUUUGUGUGAGCUGUGUGUAGUGGACACGGCAUGUUCGGACGACUCGCCACCUUAACGUAUACCAAUUUGACAAUGGUCCGUGCUGAGGCUGCAGUUAUUGCACUUCAUGGCCACAAACAUCUCAGUAUUUGACUGCACUCAAUAAUUGACUUGCACGGUGGCCGGACAACUGGCUGUCGCGCUACGUGUCGCGUGUUCGAUUCCCGCACGGAACAACUCUUUGUGUGAUCCACAAAUUGUUGUUCCGUGUCUGGGUGUGAUGUGCAUGUGAAAUUGUAUGUUUGUAAACGCACUCACGACACAAGAGAAAACACAAGGAUGGGACAAAGUUAAAAAAACAUGCUACAAUUAUAUUUUCUCUACAAAUUGCAAUUUUUGUUAUUAAUUCGUUCAUAAGCAAAUUGUUUCGUUUCUAAAGCAAACAGUAGGGACUUCCAAUACUCAAACCGUAUAAAUUACGCUGAAAUAUUGGGGUUAGGGUAGGUCAGGAGAAGUAAGGAGGUAAACACGCGCGCAAUCAUUGUGCAUUGACUGGUCGCCCGAAGUAUAACAACUAGAUUGCUGCAAUAACCUAAUCAGAUUUACAACUACCCCCACUCCAUGUAGUUUGGUCAAAAUAGUGUCACUCGAAUUCCGAUACAGUACAUAACUGGCUGGCAAUAUCCGUUACCCUGUAAUGAACAACGAGGACGAUUAUAAAAUAGCGCGAGCCCGCGGAUCUCGCCAUAUUAUUACAUCGAUAGACAAACCAAGUAAAUGUUAACAGAGCAAGUUAUCUGGCCAGCCGGUAGGUGGCGCAUGCGCAGGAGUGUUGCUCCGGCAUUCGUCUUUACCUGCGACUG